UAUGUUGAUUAUGGUUACUCAUUUUGCCUCAGCCUCGUGACAGAACAUUAGCUUAGCAUUGACUACUUGGCAAAUCUAUCGAAUUUGCAGAAAAUAAUGUCAAGAAAGGAAGAACGGUCAUCCAGAAAAGAUGAAUAUAACAAAUCUCUGCCUCCAUUUGAUACCAGGAGUGGAUACGAUUCAAGAACAGGCAUUUACCACUCGCUAGUUAAGCUUGGCACAAAGCAUGAAAUCCCAACAAAGCCUGACCUUGGCACUGCCAAUUUUGUGCUGUCACAGUUUCCACAAGCACACCUUGCUGAGGCAAGAAUUGCAUUCAUUGAUUCAGGUACUAAUCGGAGUGUAAGCUAUGGCGAGCUAAGACGGUCUAUUUACUCCCUUGCAUCAGCUUUGUUCAAUCGACUUAAGGUUAGGAAAGGUGAUGUGGUAUUUGUAUUGUCACCAAACUCAACCUUGUACUCAACCAUAUGCCUAGCUGUGUUAUCAGUUGGAGCAGUUGUGACCACUGCCAACCCCAUCAACACUGAAUCAGAAAUUGCCAAGCAAGUGCAUGAUUCAGGUGCAAAACUAGCCAUCUCAACACUAGAGGAUCUACACAAAUUGGUCCCAACUGGGAUUCCUACAAUUCUCACUUCUCGUCCUUUUGACGGCAACAUGUUAUCAAUUGAAGAGUUAAUAGAAGACUGUUAUGGUUCACCACAGUUGCCACAAGUUCCUGUGGCACAAUCAGACACUGCUGCUAUACUUUACUCUUCGGGGACCACAGGGAGAAGCAAAGGUGUACUUCUGACACAUGCAAAUAUCAUUUCCAUAAUGAGACUACUCUUCUGGCAAGUUGAUGUCAGUGGAUCCCAAGAUGAUGUUUUCUUUGCCUUCAUUCCGAUGUUUCAUAUCUAUGGAAUGAUUUUCUUUGGAUUAGGAUUGCUGUGUAUCGGUAUUACAACAGUUUUGAUGCAGAAAUAUGACUUCCAAGCUAUGCUUGUUGCAAUCCAGAAGUACAAGGUGAAUAACUUACCAGCAGUGCCACCAGUGAUCCUCGCACUAGUAAAACAUUCAAGCAAAGUUAAGUGUGACUUGUCCAGCCUAAAAAGGGUGGGAUCAGGUGCUGCACCUUUGAGCAAGGAAGUGGCACAAGAGUUUAGAAGGAUGUUUCCUUCGGUUGAACUAAGGCAAGGUUAUGGCCUAACAGAAAGUAGUGGUGGAGCAGCAUUUUUUGCCUCUGAUAAAGAUGCUAAAGCUCAUCCAGAUUCAUGUGGGAAGUUGAUUCCAACUUUUUGUGCAAAAGUGAUAGACAUUGAAACGGGGAAGCCUUUGCCUCCUCGCAAAGAAGGAGAGUUAUGGUUCAAAAGUCCUACAAUUAUGAAAGAAUAUCUAGGAAAUAUGGAAGAAACAAGUGCAACAAUUGAUUCAGAAGGUUGGUUGAGGACUGGUGAUCUUGGUUACAUUGAUGAGAAUGGAUUUGUUUAUAUAGUCGAACGAAUAAAGGAGCUAAUCAAGCACAAUGGGUAUCAGGUGGCUCCUGCAGAAUUGGAAUCCGUGCUGCUAAGUCACCCCCUUAUAGUUGAUGCAGCAGUUAUACCGGUUGAAGAUGAAGAAACUGGACAGAUACCAAUGGCAUAUGUGGUGAUAGCAGCAGGUUCUGAACUCUCAGAAGACCAAGUCAUUCAAUUUGUUGCAGGCGAGGUAGCUCCAUAUAAGAAAGUGAGAAGGGUGAGUUUUAUUGACACUAUUCCAAAGUCAGCUGCUGGCAAGAUAUUACGCAAGGAUCUUGUUUCUCAAAGCAGGCAUCAACUUGUCUCCAAGUUAUGAAUAAUUGGUAGUAUUCUAGUAAGAUAUCAAAUCGUUAGUCUUACAUGUACUUAUGCAGUCUGAAGGUCUCAAUUUUCUAGACAUCUAAUGUGUGUAAAAUUAGUUUAAACGGAUCUGGUAAAAAGAAGAGAAGAAUCGACUCACCAGACACAGUGAAAUCAGAAUUCAACUGGGUGAUACUUCUUUUAUAAAGAGUAUUUGCCCUUUGUUGUUUUGAUCUCGUGAGUGAAUUCUAUAUUAUUUUGUCACCUUUUGAGUUAUUUUUUUAUAAACACAACAAUAUCAAAAAUUUAUAAUACUCACACACACCUACUCAACCAACUGACUUAGAUCCUUUGGUUUCCUUUUAAGCCUUUGAUUGCCUGUAGCACCCCCAUUUGUAUUAAAUGGAUCAAUUUUAAGAUUGUAUGUGUC